ACGUCAUAAAUGUUUGUAAACAGUAAAAAAUAGUUGGAGUGUUUCAGUGAAAAAAUCGUAACUUUAUUGAAGAAUUUAAUUGUAAAAAAAUGGUGUACAUUCAUUUCCCGUCGAAUUUAACAGAGGAGGAGUUAAUGCUCCAAGCUAAAUACGCCAAACUGAAAAAGAAGAAAAAGGCCCUCCAAGCUCUGAAAGCGCCCAAACAGGAAACGGAAAAGAAUCUCAUUCCAAAACGACCGGCCGAUGCUCGGGACGCACGCGAAGUGGCACGAAAGCUCCUCAAAAGUGGUGCCAUCCAAGCUAUUCAAAAACCGCAAAUCAAGCAGGAAAGUUCAUUCAAACGUCCGAAGGGUCAGGAGCGAAAGCGGUCUCACCAGGAAUCCAGUCCUGGUGCUCAGUAUCAGUCGUUCUCGUCCGUGGAAACUCCUCCGGCUACGAAUCCGGUUAGUCCGUCGGUCAUCUCGACGCCGACCACACCGACCGCUGCAAACCCGUCGUCCAGUCCGGACACCCCGGUCGAGAAGGAACCGCCGCGGGUGCAGAAUCUGUACCAACAGUUUGCCAACGAGCGCGACCGCGAGGAGCAAUCCCUGAAGGCCGGAGAUUCACCUCGGGAUAAGCCCCGCUCCGGAAAUACGGUUUACGUGUCCGGAAACAAGGUGACGGAGGACUUUUUGAAGAAACACUUUGGCGAGUUUGGGGAAAUUUUGAACAUUUCAAUGGAAAUUGAAAAGGGUCGCGGGUUUAUAACGUUCUCUAAGACGGAGUCGGCCGACCGCGCUAUCUCGGACCUUCACAGCAAAACGGUCGGUGGCAUUCAGCUGCAGGUGCAGCUGGCCCGCAGACAGCCCCAGAUCAACCCGAUCAACGAUGCCGGUUCGUCGGCUGCGUGGUCUGCGCUGGCUACAAAUCGAUCCCAGAAAGGCAAGCACAAGGAUAAUCGUGAGCUGGUUUGUUACGAUCACGAUGACAUUUUCUAAUUACAUGAAUGGUAUGUAGAUAUACACUUUAUCUUGAAACAAAUGUAUUUCCCUUACUGUGAAGGAAGCAAUGCUG